AUGGAGGAUAUUGUCACUCGAUGGGCCUCGGAUCUAUCAAAAUACCAAAAGGAGUUCAAGGACCAAGCCACUAUCGUGUCCAACUGGGACAGAAAUUUGGUGGACAAUGGUGAAAAGAUCCAGAAACUGUAUCUAGAUACCUUUGAAGCGGAGCGAGCCAGCCAUGAGAUUGAGCGCCAACUUGCUGCUGUGGAGAGCCAGCAGGAGGAGCUGGAGGCCUGGCUGAACCGAUACGAAUCAGAGGUUCAGGACAUGUUUUCUAAGCAGAUGGGUCCUGGUGAACAGCUUGGAGGGCCAGACCAGGAACGUGAGCGCACCUAUAAGCUAGCGGAGAAGCUCACACAGCAACUUGAUGAAAAGUCACGAGACCUAUCCAAGAUGGUCAAGGAGAUUAACGAAAUUUCUGGAACACUGAGCAAGGGAGCUAAGGCUGAGGACCCACUGAGCCAGGUUGUUCGUGUGCUAAACAGCCAUCUUACCCAACUGCAAUGGAUCGACGCCAAUGCCUCGGCUCUGCAAGCCAAGGUCACGGCUGCGCAAAAGUCCAGCAGCAACUUGGGCAGUCAUUACGGUAGCGGAGAGAGCGACGUGGCGGAAAGCUUCUACAGGUCUUACAUGGGACGGAGGUGA